AUGGACGCUGCAAACCCAGGACUGUCAGUGAAUGAAGCGGUCGCGAAACCCACGACCACCUCUUCAACCAAGAAGGCCGCUCCCACCACCGCGGUUGUUUCCAGCUCUCUGAUUGCGGUCACUGACAAGGCAUGCGGCGCAUCUGGCGCUACCAAGAACGUCAAGGCUCAUUCUGGUCCCAACGGUAACAUCGAUUGGCUGAACUGUGGUGUGAACGAAGGUGGAUGGACGCCCCCUUACGUCACGGUUAAUGACAUCAAGGCUGCCUCCCUCGAAACGGCCCUGGAUAGCUCAUCUAGUCCGUUCCACGCAUGCAAGGACUACAUCGGCCUGUUUACGAAGUACGCGAACGAGAACGGCCUGCCUCCCAUCCUGAUCGCGAGCAUUGCGAUGCAGGAGAGCACCUGCAAUCCGAAUACUGUUGGCGGCGCGGGCGAACAAGGUCUAAUGCAGCUGACCAAGGACAAGUGCGGCGCUGCUCCGGGCGGUAACUGCAAGGAUGUAAACUAUAACAUCAAGACCGGUGCCAAAUUCUUCGCGGACAGCCUCAAGGCCAACGGCGGAGAUCUUCUCCACACGAUUGGCGGGUAUAACGGUUGGCCAAAGAAGAUGACAUUUUCCGAGGCUACGGCUGCCGCACACACGGACUGUUGCCGCUGCCAGAAUAACCUUGACUACUUGCAUCAAACAUUGAACGGGUGGAUGCAAAACGUCGACCCCUAUACCAGCAAGAUUGGCAAGUACUGGAACCUUGACCAGUGCUAGACCCUCGACCGAGAGGGACGUGCAGUCAUUCGCAGUCCUACCCCGUCAUCUUGUACUAGUUGUGGCGUGUCAAUACCCAAUUUGAAGCAAUAUACCCCCG